ACUGUCUGACCGGUGACAGGACGUUUCUACUUGGCAUUUACUGCUCGUGACUUGUGCCUAUUCAGUGAUUGUGCACCGACUCGGACUGAAACCACGCGACACUAACUACCGUCUUCGAAUUACCCUUAAGGGAUUGUCUUUGGAUACGCACGAGAGUGCCAGUUACUCGAUUGCCUCACCGUGGACGGGGACGCGGUAUGCGGUUACGCAUUGUCAUCCUAGCCUGUCUCCUACUUCAGGGGCUGGCUCGAUCAGAAGAUGUCGAAGUAGUAGAGGCGAUCCCAGGCGACGAGAAUCGAAACGACAAUACCGGCUUGAAUCGUCAGGAUGGGGAGAUCGGUGGUUCGGAUCAGCUGGCACUCGAGUCCCUCAACGAGAAGGAAAAUAGUGUUGGAACAUCCGCCGGUGGCAGCGGAGGCGGAGGAGGCGGCGGCGGUGGCGGAGGAGGCGGAAAUGCCGGAGGAGUUGGCAGCGUGCAAGGAGGAAGUGGCCAGUACAAGGGUGCCCUUCGGGGUCAUUCACACUCGUUGCCACCGGGACGAGGAAAUCUCGGGUUAGCGCAUACACGACCGCAUCACAACGUUGCGUAUCACGGUCCACCACCUCCUUUGCCUCAGAAACCUCAGACCGAAGCAAUGGAUAAAGUGUUCAGCACCGGCAGCGGAAUAAGUAGUUCCGGCGAUACGUGGCCUGCGAGCACACCGGACAUGCCAAAAAUCAUAUCACUCGACGUUAAGUGCGAGAAGAGUUUGAUGAAAGUAUAUCUCGGCUUUGACAAGCCUUUCUACGGCAUCGUUUUUUCGAAAGGUCAUUACAGCAACAUCAACUGCGUUCAUUUACCAGCUGGCCUUGGACGAACAUCGGUCAACUUCGAGAUAAGCAUUCACGCUUGCGGAACAGCUGGCAAUACGGAGAACGGUCUUUACGGUUACGGUGCCGAGUCCGGUUCGGGUACUUACUUCGAGAACAUCAUCGUAGUGCAGUACGAUCCGCAGGUCCAAGAGGUGUGGGAUCAGGCGCGCAAAUUGCGUUGUACUUGGCACGAUCUGUACGAAAAAUCAGUCACUUUCCGUCCGUUCCCCGUCGACAUGCUGGACGUUGUGAGGGCGGACUUUGCUGGUGAUAAUGUUGGCUGCUGGAUGCAGAUUCAAGUUGGUAAAGGUCCUUGGGCUUCGGAAGUCUCAGGACUGGUGAAAAUCGGACAGACCAUGACGAUGGUACUUGCCAUCAAAGACGACGACUCCAAGUUCGACAUGCUGGUUCGAAAUUGUAUGGCUCACGAUGGCAAAAGGGCACCGAUCCAGCUGGUCGAUCAAAAAGGUUGCAUCACCAGGCCCAAGCUCAUGUCCCGUUUCACCAAAAUCAAAAACUUCGGCGCCAGCGCCUCCGUAUUGUCUUAUGCGCACUUCCAAGCAUUCAAAUUCCCCGAUUCAAUGGAAGUUCAUUUCCAAUGCACCAUACAGAUAUGCAGGUAUCAUUGCCCCGAACAAUGCUCCGAGUCUGGUCCGCUGCUCGAUCAACAGUCCGGCCUCCUGGAACAUCAUCAAACGAAUAUUCAUCCUGCUGAUGUUGGCUACGGUCUUCCGCCGCCGCUGCCACUCGAAGCUUAUCUUCAAGCUGCUGCUGGACGACCGCGCGAUGAAAGACGACGAAAAUCUCGAGAAAUCCCGAGCCCGACGUCACUCAAGAACGUCGGUGUUGAUAGAAUAAUCAGAGUCGUUUCCACCGGUGAUCUGACCUUCGCUAUCGACGAAUCGAACAACGAGGCACCAAGCUCGACUAUGGUAUUCCCCAUCAAAGAUUCCACCGCCAAUUCGAGUCUUAUAUGCAUGACGACACCUGGAUUUGCGGUCACACUUAUCAUUCUUCUAGCUGUACUUUUAGCCUCUUGCAUACUAUCGACAUAUCUUUGCAUAAGACUCAGACCAUUCGGGAAAUCGAAAAAAUGCAACGUCGGCGUUACCUACAGCAGUAGUCAGGGUGGACUGAAAAAAGCUCCCAAGACCUGCUUCUAUUCGUAAUUUACUUUAGUUUAUUUUUAAUCACAGGAAAUAAAUUCAUUAGAGCGAGAGUCUUUCUCCUCGAACAGCUGAUCGUUUCGGUUUAAACAAUUUUAGGAUUACCUUCCCAUGGAAAUAAAGUAUGUUCGAGAACGUAGACAUUUUCUUGCCAGGCUGAAUGAUUUUUUUGCUGGGAAUGUAUUUGAGAUCAGGGUCCAUCUGCAAAUGAAGAUGCUUCGAAGUUGUGAUUCGAAAAGAAUGUGAUUGGGGAAAAAAUCUUUUUUUGUCAAACGUUAACUAUCACAGUCGUUUAUAUUUCAUGUUCGAUUCCUUUCGAUGGGCACUCGAUUAAUCGAGUCAAGAACAUUCAACAAUUAUUUUCAAUCCGAAUCUACAUAUUCUUCGAACAUAAUUUAUUUCCAUUGUGACUUUGUUGUCCUGGUAUCACGAUUUUGCGGAUCGUCCAUAAAUUCGAAUUAUACAGGGCGAUACCCAAAAACGAGCGAGUCCGGUAAUGCCCGGUUCGAGUUUCCUCCGCACAGCACUGUUCACUGUGACCAUCGUGUCUGUGACCUCUUCGGUGGAGAGAAGAGGCUAUAUCGAUUAUAACCGUAAGCACGAUUCCAUUUAUAUGUAUUGUGACGUGUGUGAACAAAACCCAGCUCCGUAUUCCGUUUAUUGGACUCAGCGAGGUCGUGAUGUACAGUUUAAAGACCACGAUAACGAGAUCCUCCACUAUAGAUGGAUUCGUGCUUGAUGGUCGUAGAGACGUUCUUUUCCCUGAUCCGUGUCGUGCGUGAGUAGCCAAUAAAAUAUUUUAAUUCAGGCACGUAUGGCAUCGAGGCAACGGCGGAUUAUUUAGUCAAAGAAAAAAUUCUUCAUAUUUUUUAUGCGCUAAACAUAUACGCACACGUACGAUUGGAGUGUACGAAUGGAUGGAAAAUAGGCUCGAUAAACUGUUUAUUUAAAGUAUUAUUCGAUUAUUCUUCCAACAUUCGUUUUUCGAUAAUGAUUUUUUUUCGUCUCAUGAUUUUUCGCAAAUAUUAUUCAUUCAUGAAACGAUCAAACGUAUUUACUUAUUUAUUUAUUUAUAUUCAUAUUUCGGUAUUUACGAGUCAUGGGAACAAAAAAAUUAUUGUUUGAAGAAAAUGCAUUGUCAGAAGAAUAAUCAUUUGGGUUUUCGGUUGGUGAUUUUUUUAGUGCUCAUAGGGAUACGAAAUUUAAUUUUCACAGUUAUAAAACGGAGCGAAUCCAAUGAGAUUUCUCCGAAUUUCCGCAAUCACAUCUGCCUUUUAUCAUCACAAUUCAUUAAUAUUGUACAAAUAGUGCGUGAGGCCAUUUUCCAAUAAGAUAAAGAUUCGAUGAGCGAUUUGAGGCACGCGUCCGUUAUGACAAAUGUCAAUAUUUAAUUAUAUAUAUGAAAUAUUUAUUUUAGUCAAUAUUGUUAUACUUGUGCUCAUACACGAAAUUAUUUUAAGAAUAAACAAUGAAUAAAUGAUUAAAAAGUAAUUAGGAAAAUUAUUGAUCAAUUUCCUUUAUGUUUGAAAUGAAUUAUGGUGCACCGAGAGAUUGUGUUCAUUUUAUUGUCGCAUUGUUAUCAACGUUCUCGAGUAAAUGCGACAACGCUUGCCACAGGUACAGUGAGUAAACUUGUUAAUUAGAUCAGUAAACUAUUUACUUUUGUCGUAUAACAAUUAUGAUUGCUCAUUUACGUUGUUCGUGCACGAAUAAUGCGGAAAGUCCAGAGGCCCUCGUUCGUUGAUGCGUAAUUUAGGAUAGAAUUUCGUUUCGUUUUGAAAAUCAUGAAACCUCAGAACGUUAAACGAUCAACGAGAGAUGCACAUCUAGAAUAGCUUGGGAAACAAAAAUUGCAAUCAUUCAAUAAUUAUGACGAAUUGAUUUUCAAGAAUCAACGACGUGUUAAUCAUAUUGAAAAAUGUAGGGGGAAAAGAAAAAGUUAGCGAAAUGGCAUUUUGGCAAAUUUUGUUAUCAAUUGUUUAAUUAUGUGAAUAAAUACUCAUUUUUAUAAAA